CUGACAAACAUUAUUGACCAAUAGGGUGUUGUCGCUAUAACCACGCCCACACGUUCAGCCAAUAGGCUGGGCCGCUGUGGAGUUAAAUGUCCCUAAAGCGGUAGAAAAGUUAUAGAAGCGACGUGCCACGUCUGCGGGCCCUGUGGGGAGUGCGGAGCGAUGAUGAUGAUGCUGGUGCUGGUUUGGGUUCUGUUGGCCUGUGCUGGCGGCGCACUCAUCCCGGAGCCUGACGUGCAGGUCCAGGUGCUGGAGAAGCCUUUCCUAUGCAAGAGGAAGACCAAGAAUGGGGACAUGCUGCUCCUGCACUUUGAGGGCUUCCUAGAAAGUAACGGGACGCAGUUCUAUUCAACGUAUAAGAAUAACAGUGAUCAGCCUGUAUGGUUUACACUUGGAAUUCGAGAAGGUAUUAAAGGCUGGGACAAAGGCCUCAAAGAUAUGUGCGCUGGAGAGAAACGGAAGCUUAUUGUCCCUCCUGCUUUGGCGUAUGGUAAAGAAGGAAAAGGAAAAAUUCCUCCAGAGAGUACUUUAAUCUUCAAUAUUAGUCUUAUGGAGAUCCGAAAUGGACCAAGGUCCCAUGAGUCAUUCCAAGAAAUGGAUCUGAAUGAUGACUGGAAACUGUCUAGAGCAGAGGUAAAGACUUACCUGAAGUCUGAAUUUGAGAAGCAUGGUAGCUCUGUGAAUGAGAGUCACCACGAUGUUCUGGUGGAGAGCAUAUUUGAAAAAGAAGAUGAAGACAAUGAUGGAUAUAUUUCUGCUAGAGAAUUUACAUAUCUACAUGAUGAGCUUUGAAGUGCAAUGAUCACUGAUCACCAUGUCUUUUCUGCUAAACAUGACUGGCACAUGGUUAUCAAAUACAUUUAGAGGUUGUGUGUGUUCUAGUGUUGUAAAGUUCUAAGAAUCAGCGAUCCAAUAUUUGCCUGGGCAUGACUCCUGGUACCCACAUUAAUCAGCUACUUAAAGGGGUACUCUGGUGAAAAACUUUUUUUUUUUUUUUUGAAAAUCAGCUGGUGCCAGAAAGUUAAACAACUUGUAAAUUGCUUCUAUUUAAAAAUCUUAAGUACUGGAAGGAUUAUUAGCUGCUGUAUACUACAGAGGAAGUUCCUUUCUUUUUGAAUCUCUUUUCUUUUUGCUCCUGCUCCGGACAGUUCCUGACAUUACCAGAGAGGUGUGAGCACUGUGGCCGGAAAGAAAAGAACAACUCAACUUCCUCUGUAGUAUACAGGAGCUGAUAAGUACUGGAAUUUAUAAAUCUGUUUAACUUUCUGGCACCAGUUGAAAGAAAAAUGUUUCACUGGAGUACCCCUUUUUAAAAGGAUUGUGGUACACAUACAAAAGAGGCUGUGAUAACUGUGCCAAGGCCCCUUUUAAAACAACUGCCAGAGGUCAAAUCUUGGGCACUUAACUUUACAUGGCUAGAUUACAUGUGUUUUUUUUUUUUUUUCUUUCUUUCUUUCUUCCUGCUACAAAGGGGGUGGGGAAUGUGUUCUUUAAUGGGUUGGCAGGCAUUUAUGGCAGAACAACUAUGAUGGCAUUUUUUUUUUUUUUAUAUCUACCAGCAGAAUAUUGGAUUUGGCAGAAUUUUAGAAAACAUUUAACACUUAGGAUUCUUGUGAACCAAUACUAACACUACAUCUGUUUGAAAGACUGAAUUCUCUUCUCUAUGAAACAUGGGUCAAAUGCGAGACUUCUUCCAGCACUCAGCAUUGCCCUGAGUCAGUGUGCAUCUCUUCCCUAUAAUACAUAGCCCACAUUGGGCAUUUAAAACUCCUUUUCUUCCAGAAGAUUUUUUUUUUUUUUACUUUAAUGAGAAUUCAAUGUGCAAAUUCACACGAGAGAGAACCUUCAGUUGGAUAUACUUUUAUGCCACGUCUGUUUGUCUUUGUUUUAAACUUUGCAUUAAAUAAAGGUAUGAACUAG